CAACUCGACAACUGUCACCGUUCGCGAACGUGGUGCUCGUCGCGGAUUUUUAGUUUUUAGUUCCGACUGCGCGGUUAGAAUCGACCUCACGAUGGGUGUCCGCGGUCUCACGACGUACAUCGCCAGCAACGCCGAGCGCUAUCUGGACCCGCACGAGCUGCACGACACGGCGCUGGUCAUUGACGGGGACAAUUUGUGCAUUCAGCUGUUCGUGCGAUCCGAGGCACGGAUGAGUCCGUUCGGGGGGAAUUAUGACCACUUUGCGCGGGCCGUGGUGGAAUUUUUUGAUCUGCUGAGGAAAUGUAACGUGCGGCCGUUGGUGCUGCUGGACGGUGGGUACGAGAAGAAUAAGCUGAAGACGGUGCGGAGUCGGAUGCUGGGGCGGAUUCAGUUUGUGGCCAGGGUGAAGGCUGGGUCGAAUCGGUUGAUAAUUCCGCUGCUGAUGCGGGAAGUGUUUGUGGAGGCGUUACGAGUGGCGAAGGUUCCGUUUAUGAGGUGCUUGUUUGAGGCGGACAAUGAGAUUGCGGUGCUGGCGCGGAAGUUGGAUUGUCCGGUGCUGAGUUACGACAGCGAUUUCUACAUUCACAAUGUGAAGUAUAUUCCUUAUGUGACGGUGAACCAUAAGGUUUACAGGAAGGUCAUCGGGGACGAGGAGAACUACGAGAUUGAGCUGGUGGACAAAAGGAAGGGAAAGCGAGCGAAUCGAGUGCUGGCAAAGCAGGGUGAAGGAGUCGGGGAGGAGUCUCAGAUUAGUGAGUCUUACUACUAUCUGGAUUGUAGUCUGUACACGAUAAAGAACCUGAUCGGAACGGAGAAUCGGUUGACACCGGAUAAGUUGCCGCUGUUUGCGACCUUGCUUGGGAACGAUUACAUCGAGCGGCGGGUUUUGUUCAAGUUUUACUCGUCGAUGAAGGUGGGCAAGGUGAGCAAGAAGGUUCCGGUGCCGCAGCGCAGGAUUGUGGCCAUUUUGAGGUGGUUAGAGCAUCAUUCGGUCAAGUCCGCGACGAAGGCGGUGCUGAACCAGGUGCGGGAGCGGCAUCGGGGUGUGCUGUUGAGGCAGUUGCAGGGCGCGAUGUACGGAUAUAACUGUGAGGAGUGCGCGUCGUACGAGUAUUUCGGGUUUGAACCGGCGGAGGAGAAGGGCGAGGACGGGGAGAAACUUGAGGAGUUUUUGAAGGGGGAGGAUGAAGCUGUGGAGGAGCUGGAGUUGGAAGAAGUCGGCGACGAAGAGGAAUCCACCGCAGACCCGGAAGAAGAGGUCGACGAACCGGAAGAGGCCGAAGAAGCUGAACCAGAGGAAGACGACGAGAUUGCAGCGAUUCCGGAGGACACGUUCAAGUGGGAACCGUGGCUGUUGGAGAUUUACCAGGCCGCGCUCACUCCACGCUUCGUGGCCGAUCUGUACCACUCCAGCCUGUACAUCAACUACCCCCAGGUGGAGGACAUUGCCCGGCCGGACAGCAACGAGCUGUGCUACGACCUGUUGAAGUUCACGUUUGCUUUGUUGAAGAGUUCGAAAAAGGGACAAACCUUUCGUUAUUUGACGCGGCACGAAAAGGUUGCGCAGUACCGGUGGAUCAAGUUCCAGGAGGUGACGUUGCCAGAAGGGGUGAUGUUCAAUCCGAACAAGCCGAAAAAUCUUGGAUUGUUUAAGGUUGUGUUGCGUGAAUUUGAGGACUGCGAUCAGAUCUUUGAUCGAUUGCAACUUUUACCAACCAAUUUGCAGCUGUACUUCUUGUGCCUCGUCUUCUGGAUCAGGAAGAGUCCUCACGUGACAAACGUCCACGUCCACGCGCUGAUCCUCUGCCUAAUCCAGCUGCAGAUCAUCGACAAACGGCUCUCCAGCAAGUCACGCGACCCAAAAGUGUUCCAAAAGAACCAAAAGUCCUACCUCGAAGCCCAGAAGAAGUCCUUCCAAAAACCCUCGCACGAACUCGCCGACCCCGCCCCCAUCUCCAAGCACUCGUUCAAGCAGCUGACCUCGGCCGUAACCAAACCGGAAGCGGUCCUCACCUACGAACUAACGCUGCCCCACUUUGGCAUCGCCGAGCGCCACCAGCGACGGAACGCCGAAUUUGACCGCGCCACGGCGCACACCUUCGCCGAACUGCAGGCGGUCGUGCUGAACCUGCUGUCGCUGAACGCCCUGCUGCGCCAUCCGCUGGAACCGGCCCGGGUGCACGAACUGUACAGUGGGCUGUUUCUUCACAAUGCGUUCCACACGAUGAAGUCACGCGCCGAUCCGCUCGAGUACGUGCGCAGUACGGUGUUUCGGUACUCGGGCACGCUGUUCCAGAUUCACCGGGCGUUGUACGGAUGGCUGGUGGAGACGGUGCCGGAUUUGGCGGAAUGCAGAACGCUUACUGCGAAGGCGAAGAGACAGCUUCGGACCAAGGAGGUGGUGAAAAAGGGCUCGACGAGUCAUGAAGUCGUGGAGAAUGAUUGCGUUGAAAGGGAGAACAGUUCGGACGAGCAGCAGGACGAGUUCAACGACUUGAACAACCAGUUUAGUCAGCUGUUGAUGGCGAGUUAAGUUCACCUUGUAAUUCAUUGGCAUAAUAAGGCAAGAAAGACUUUCAAAAAAACA